GCGCUCUCAUGCCACACCGGCACCACUAGGGCAUUUGAUUUUGCGUUGUUUCGUCGUGGGCAAGCUCGAUUUCGUUUUCCUUCAGAUGCUUCUUGCACUUUAACAUCCCGUAGUUUCUGGUGGAAGCUGCUAUUGAUUUGCGCGGCAAAGUUUGAGCGAUUGGAACCCCUGCGCUGAGGCUGUGGAGAACUUUGUUGAGCGUUUUUGUGCAUAUUUUAUACGUGAUUGUGGACUCUCUGGAAAUUUAGGUUUCUUUGCAGAGGAGAAGGAAUGUCUCGCCGGUAUGAUAGCCGGACGACUAUUUUCUCUCCGGAGGGUCGGCUGUACCAGGUGGAAUACGCUAUGGAGGCUAUCAGCAACGCGGGUGCAGCGAUUGGAGUUUUAGCGAAGGAUGGAGUAGUGCUGGCAGCUGAGAAGCGUGUCACGUCUAAGCUUCUGGCGACGUUGAAAUCUACGGAGAAAAUGUACAAGAUCGACGAUCAUGUCGCGUGCGCUGUUGCGGGCAUCAUGGCCGAUGCGAACAUCCUCAUUAAUACCGCCCGGUUGUCUGCGCAGCGAUACACACUUGCUUACCAAGAGCCGAUGCCCGUGGAGCAGUUGGUACAGUCUUUGUGUGACACGAAACAGGGUUACACUCAGUUCGGCGGGCUUCGUCCGUUCGGUGUAUCGUUUUUAUUUGCAGGGUACGACAAAAACUUUGGUUUUCAGUUGUAUAUGUCAGACCCUAGUGGGAACUACGGAGGGUGGAAGGCCGGUGCCAUUGGAGCGAACAAUCAAGCGGCCCAGUCGAUGUUAAAGCAGGAUUACAAGGACGAUAUGACGAGGGAGCAAGCGGUGCAAUUGGCCCUGAAGGUGUUGAGCAAGACGAUGGACAGCACGUCACUGUCAGCCGAAAAAUUGGAGCUUGCGGAGAUCAGUUUGAGUCCGGAUGGCGUGUUUCAAUACCAGGUUUGUAGUCCUGAGAACCUGAAUAAGCUGCUGUUGAAACACGGUAUUACACAACCAUCGGAAGAGAGUAAUUAGUUAUCCAAGUAAUACCCUUCGGCAGGUUUGUAAGUACAGAAAGGCAACAAAAGCCUCGUAUUUUUAUCCAGUAUUAGAAUUCUUCGUGAAAGACACGGAAUUGAUGCGGGUUAUCAUACCUGAUUGAUGUGAGCUCCUGCUGCUGGCGUGAUUGGACCGAUUUCUGAUCACCAUCUUUUGUAAACGGUAAUAUAAUUUAACCCUUCUGCUCCGUUUGCAAAAAACAUUUAUGCCAAGAAUGUUAAUCACGCGCAGAGGUAAGAUUGGA